GCCACCCUCGCCCGCCGUUACGAUACGAGGUGGCGCGCCCGCAUCUCCCAUCUCGCGCGCCGGGACAACUUCGCGCUAGCUAGCUGCAGCACACGGCGCCGCGCGUCGUGCAAAGCUCUCGUGAUGGGCGGAGUAACGUACCAGCGGCUGCUCUCGCACUCGCAGGGGAGCCAGAGCCAGCGACCGCGUGGCGGCGACGGCGGCGGAGGCGGAGGAGGCGUGCGGGCGAGGGCGUGGGUGCUGCUGCGGUGGGCGGCCGUGCGGCUGAGCUGCGCGGCGAGGCGGCGGUACUGGUGCGGCGCCGGCCGCGCGCGGAGGCUGGCGUGGCCGGGGCUCUGCGCAAGAGGCGCCACGGCGGCGGCCGUGGCCGCGCCGGAGAGGAAGGGCGGUGGCGGCAGGAGGAGCGCGGCGGCGGGCGCCGGAGCUGGGGCCGCGGUGGUGGGGUACGACUCCGCCAGCUACGCGCGCAACUUCGACGACGGCGCGUGGAAGGCCGACGAGGGCGUGUCCUGGGCCGGCCCCAGCGGCGCGUUCUUCCCCCGCGCCAGCAUCGGCGCCACCGCCGUGAACACCGCCGGCGGUGACUCCGUUCCGAGCUCCAUUCACUAGCUAACUGAUCACUGUUGCUAUGUUAGCAGUGGAUGGAUCGUGGAUGCGUUGCUCAGGAUUUUCUAUUCUGUGUGUCAUCUGGAUUGUUCGACAUUUGCUUUCUUCGAUCGACAAUGAAAAUAUUCCGGUCGUGCUUGUUCAGGGUUGGGGAAAAAAACGAUUUUUUGAAGAAAA